UUGAAAAGCCUGAAUGGGCACAAACUGGCCCAGUGAACAUAGAGUAAUAUGGUAACCCUAAAGUCAAACCACUGACAGUAUUUUAUUGUUACAAAACUAUGGUGUUUGUCGCAGAUAACUGUUGAUAAUCCAAUUUCUUUUACACAAACAUUGGACGCUACAUCUUUGAAAUGAACAGAAACUACAAAUACACAGACUCACUUUGCCCCUCCCACGACAAACUGACAAGGAAAAUGGCGUCCUCAAGCAGGAAGGUGUCACUAGAUGAAGAUAAAACAACAGAUAUGGAACCGAUUUCAGAAAAGCAAGACGAAGAAUUUCCAUUGAUGGAAGUUACACCAAAAAAGGACGAAAAACUCAUUCUUUAUCACUGGACCCAGUCCUUCAGUUCGCAGAAGGUCCGCCUGGCAAUUGCAGAGAAAGGUCUGAAGUGUGAGGAGUAUGAUGUAAGCCUGCCUCUCAGUGAACACAAUGAGCCCUGGUUCAUGCGAUUAAACCCUGCUGGAGAAGUGCCUGUGCUAAUCCAUGGAGACACUAUAAUCUGUGAUGCCACUCAGAUCAUUGACCACUUGGAACUGUCAUUUGUAGAUGAAAAUACACCCAAGCUGAUACCGGAGGAAGGAAGUAUGUAUUAUCCUAGAGUCCAGCAUUAUCGAGAGCUGUUGGACUCUCUGCCAAUGGAUGCCUAUACCCAUGGUUGUAUUUUACACCCAGAGAUAACAGUUGAUUCUCAGAUACCUGCAUAUGCAACAACAAGAAUUCGCAGUCAGAUAGAAAAUACAGAAUCUGAACUCAAGAAGCUUGCCCAGAAACACCCGGAGCUGCAGGAAGCAUAUGUGGCAAAACAGAAACGCCUCAAAUCAAAAUUGCUGGACCAUGACAAUAUGAAGUACGUGAAGAAAAUUCUUGAUGAGCUGGAAAAAGUCCUUGACCAGGUAGAGACUGAGCUUCAGAGAAGGAAUGAAGAAACACCAGAGGAAGGGAACCAGACUUGGCUCUGUGGUCAGUUUUUCAGUGUCGCUGACGUGUCGCUAGCGGUUACGCUGCACCGAAUUAAGUUCCUGGGUCUGUCAAGAAGAUACUGGGGAAACGGAGACCGACAAAACGUGGAAACAUACUAUGAGCGGGUCCUAAAAAGGAAGACCUUUAGGAGGGUAUUGGGGAAUGUAAACAAUAUCCUCAUAUCUGCGGUUUUGCCAACAGCUUUCCGCGUGGCUAAGAAGAGAGCUCCUUCUUUUCUGGGAACCACCCUAGUGGUGGGUAUUUUAGGAGGAAUGAGUUAUUUUGCUUUCUUGUACCUUAAAAAAAGGCUAAUUAAUGUUGGUUGAGAUACCUAAAACACAACAAAAACAAAUAAAAAGCACUUCUCUUGUGACA